GGCGCGCGCUUGAAUAUUCGUCUCAACCAAUCAGCAUUGAGCACAGCUUCGGCAGCGCUAACAACCAGAGUUAGCUCCAUGUAGCUGCACACUGCCGUCUGGCAUUUUAAAGCUAUUUCAUUCCAAAUUAAUAUUGUAGCCCGGGAUACAAUAACAGCGCGACUCAUUUCGGAGGUUUGGCUGCGUCUGAAGAGCAUUAAUAGCAGCGAUGACAGGCUCAAACGAGUACAAGCUGAACCAGGGACCAGAGGACGGCAUCUCUGCUGUGAAGUUCAGCCCCAGCACUGCUCAGUUCCUCUUGGUUUCGUCCUGGGACUGCACCGUUCGCCUCUAUGAUGUUGGAGGAAACACCAUGCGGAUGAAGUACCAGCACACAGCCCCAGUUCUUGACUGUGCUUUUUAUGACCCAACACACUCUUGGAGUGGAGGCUUGGAUGCUCAAUUAAAAACUCAUGAUUUGAACACUGACCAAGGCACAACCGUUGGGAUGCACGAUGCCCCCAUUCGUUGUGUGGAGUACUGCCCGGAGGUUAAUGUCAUGGUAACCGGUAGUUGGGACCGAUCAGUUCGGCUGUGGGACCCACGGACACCCUGCAAUGCUGGCACCUUUCCACAGCCUGAAAAGGUGUACACCCUCUCUGUGGCUGGAGACAGGCUGAUUGUUGGUACAGCUGCGAGACGAGUCCUGGUGUGGGAUCUGAGGAACAUGGGUUAUGUGCAGCAAAGAAGGGAGUCCAGUCUCAAGUAUCAGACUCGCUGCAUCAGAGCCUUCCCCAACAAACAGGGCUACGUCUUGAGUUCAAUCGAGGGACGUGUGGCUGUGGAGUACCUGGACCCAAGCCAAGAGGUUCAGAAGAAGAAGUAUGCCUUCAAGUGCCACAGACUGAAGGAAGGGGGAAUUGAGCAGGUUUACCCCGUCAAUGCCAUCUCAUUCCACAGUGUUCAUAACACCUUUGCCACAGGUGGCUCAGACGGCUUUGUGAACAUCUGGGAUCCAUUCAACAAGAAGCGCCUGUGUCAAUUCCACCGCUAUCCAACCAGCAUCGCGUCGUUGGCCUUCAAUAACGACGGCACCAUGCUCGCAAUCGCUUCCUCCUAUAUGCACGAGGAAGGCGACAUCAGUCAUCCAGAGGACGCCAUCUUCAUCCGCCAAGUCACAGAUGCUGAGACAAAGCCCAAGUCAACCUGAGUGCACUGUUGAAGCGGUUCCAUCUAAAAUCUAAAUGGAUUUAUCAGCUGGCAUCCAGUGCACCUUUUAUUUCUUGUCAUUUCUCUAUGUUCUUGUGCAGCAGUUUCAAUAUCUUUUGUUUGAGUGUCUUUCUCUUCUCUUGUCCAUCUAUCCAUUUUCACAUCUUGUUCUUUAUUAAACUGAUUUAUAUGUAGCUUUUA